AUGAUAAUCGUCGACAACUCAUUGGUCCAAGAGACUAAGGAUGAAUCAUUAAAACAAGUUGUCGAUGCUGCAUAUGGUGAUGUCAACAAAAUAAAGCCCUCCGAAGGUUCCUACACUGAUAAAGCUAUACUCACACCCCGAAAUGAUACCAUCGAUGAAAUCAAUGCAUAUACAAUCUCCAAAACCGACGGGGAGUCAAGAGACUACUACAGCUACGAUAGCUUCGAGGUUUCAGAUACUCAGUCUGACCAAAAUGAUACAUUAUACGCGAUUGAGUAUCUCAAUUCCAUGGAAUUUUCAGGAUUUCCUUCUCAUAAACUCACUCUCAAAGUUGGGGCCCCAAUUAUGUAUCUACGAAACGUAAACAAAAAAAAAGGUUUAUGCAACGGUACCCGUUUAAUCCUACCCCACAUAGGCGAAAUAGUGCUUAAGGCAGACAUAAUCACUGGGUCACAUAUUGGAGACGAAGUUUUAAUCCCAAGAAUUGUUCUCUUGCAUGAUGAAACAAAUCUGCCGUUCACUUUGCGUCGACCACAAUUCCCUAUCAGAUUGUGUUAUGCAAUGACAAUCAACAAAAGCCAAGGGCAAAGUUUAAAAGAGGUUAUCCUAUAUCUACCUAGACCUGUCUUCGCACAUGGUCAACUGUAUGUGGCUCUCUCAUGUGUGACGAGCAAAGCAGGCUUAAAAAUCAUCAAAAGCAAAGAUUCACACCCACGAAAGAUGAAGAACAUAGUCUACAAAGAAAUCUUCAACCGCCUUCAUUCCCAUGGGAGUAAGUAA